CCCCCCUCCCCUUCUGCGCUGCCCUCCUCGCGCAGCAGUCAGCGGUUCCGCCAGCCGCGCCGCCAUUGGCGGACGCUCCCCGUGACGCGACAAAAGAGCGGGGGGCGGAGCCUCGAGCCGGAGAAGCGCCGGUUGAAGCCGGUGCGCGAGCCGCCUCUCUCUCUCCUCCUCGCUUUAAAAAACACCAACCUCUUCUUUCUCUUCCCUCCCCGAGGAGCUGCUUUCUCUUUCUUCGGAGGUGCUGUGGAGGAAGAAGAGAAGGAGCAGGGGGACGACGACGACCGGGCGCCCAGCCUGGCUGGUUGGCGGAGGAGGAGCAGGAGGCGGCGGCGAGGCGAGCUUCAGGAACUGUCAAGUUCUAGAAGAGAUUACGACUGACUGGCCUUUAAAAGGAUGAAGACGAUUGUGAAGAUGGCUUGCCUAAGAAAUUUUAAAAGGUGCAGACCACCUGAUUGAAGAUGGUGGUUCUGUGUCUUAUCCCAUUUGAUAAGUAAAUUGCCACUGUUCCAUAAGCAAGUCAUGAUUACGUUAACUGAACUCAGAUGUUUAGCAGAUGCCCAAUCAUCGUACCACAUCCUGAAACCAUGGUGGGAUGUCUUCUGCUAUUACCUCACCAUGAUAAUGCUGCUUGUUGCUGUCCUUGCUGGAGCUCUCCAACUCACUCAAACUAGAUUGUUAUGUUGUCUUCCUUGCAAGCUUGAGUUUGACAAUCAUUGUGCAGUGCCUUGGGAUCUGGUGAAAAACAACCUUAAUGUAUCCUCCAGCUCUGCAGCGCCAAUAGUGCUCCCUCUUAGAAUCCAGAAUUACCUUCAUCGACAGCAGUAUUCUUACAUUGAUGCUGUGUGUUACGAGAGAGAGCUUCACUGGUUUGCCAAAUUUUUCCCAUACUUAGUGCUUCUUCAUACUUUCAUUUUUGCUGCUUGCAGUAAUUUUUGGCUUUACUAUCCCAGCACAAGUUCAAGGUUGGAACACUUUGUAGCCAUACUACACAAAUGUUUUGAUUCUCCCUGGACAACACGUGCCCUGUCGGAAACAGUUGCUGAACAGUCUGUGAGGCCUCAGCCAUUCUCCAAAUCUAAGACCUUUCUUUCCUCUCCAAGCAACAUAGCAGAAUUGGAGAACAAGCGACAGUCUGUCUCCUACUCGCAGACUGGGCUGGAAACAGCUGGAAGAGAGAACUCUUCAAAUGUUCUAGACAGAAAAGAAGGGGAGCAAGCAAAAUCAAUAUUUGAAAAAGUCAAAAGAUUCAGGCUGCAUGUUGAACAGAAGGAUAUCAUCUAUCGUGUGUACCUAAAACAGAUUGUGAUCAAGGUCAUUGUAUUUAUACUAAUAAUGAUUUAUGUUCCCUAUUAUUUAACCUUUAUUACACUAGAAAUUGACUGUGUGGCUGAUAUUCAAGUCUUUACUGGCUACAAGAGAUACCAGUGUGUUUAUUCACUAGCAGAAAUUUUUAAAGUGCUAGCUUCGUUUUAUGUUGUCAUAGUGAUCUUGUAUGGCCUGACGUGCACUUACAGCUUGUUAUGGAUGCUGAGAAGUUCACUCAAACAAUAUUCUUUUGAGAAGCUGAGGGAGCAAAGUAAUUACAGUGAUAUUCCUGAUGUAAAAAAUGACUUUGCCUUCAUUCUUCACCUAGCAGACCAGUAUGAUCCUCUGUAUUCAAAACGGUUCUCAAUAUUCCUCUCUGAGGUGAGUGAAAACAAGCUGAAGCAGAUCAGUCUAAAUAACGAGUGGUCUUUAGAGAGAUUGAAAAGCAAACUGGUACGAAAUUCCCAGGAUAAGAUGGAACUUCACCUUUUUAUGCUUAGUGGUCUUCCAGAUGACAUCUUUGAACUCACAGAGAUAGAAGUUCUAACCCUAGAACUUAUUCCUGAGGUUAAGCUUCCGGCAUCUGUGAACCAGCUACCCAAUCUCAAGGAACUGAACAUUUAUCAUUCAUCAUUAACUGUGGAAUUUCCAGCACUGCACUUCUUAGAAGAGAAUUUAAAAAUCCUGCGUCUAAAGUUGGCUGAUAUGGGAAAGAUUCCACGCUGGAUCUUCUAUCUAAGUAACUUGCAGGAAUUGUAUUUGACUGGAUGUUAUAUGCUAGAAAACCAGAAUGGCCUCUACAAUGAGGGCUUUCAGGAUCUUGUGAAUCUGAAAACAAUUCACUUAAAGAAUAGCCUUUCCCGCAUACCUCAGGUGGUUACAGACCAGUUGCCUUCACUACAAAAAUUAUCUAUUGACAAUGAGGGGAAAAAACUUCUAGUGUUGACCAACUUGAAGAAAUUGCUUAACCUGAGAACUUUGGAAUUGAUCAGCUGUGACUUGGAGCGCAUUCCACAUUCUAUCUUUAGCCUGAACUAUUUGCAUGAAAUAGACUUAAAAGACAAUAAUAUACGAACAGUAGAAGAAAUCAUUAGUUUUCAACACCUUGAGAACCUUUCUUGCCUGAAAUUGUGGCACAACACCAUCUCCUACAUCCCAGUGCAGAUUGGAGCUUUAGCAAACCUGGAGCAGCUCUAUUUAAAUCAUAACAACAUAAAAAAAAUCCCACCACAACUUUUUCUUUGCCUAAAGCUACAUUAUUUGGACCUCAGUUAUAACAAGCUAACAUCCAUUCCGCAUGAAAUCCAGUAUUUAACAAACCUGCAGUACCUUGCUGUGACAAAGAAUCACAUUGAGGCACUUCCAAAUGAAUUAUUUCAGUGCAGAAAGCUACAGUAUCUCCUACUGGGACAUAACAGCCUGAUGCAUUUGUCCCCUAAAGUUGGGGAACUCUCCAACCUUGUUCAGCUAGAGCUUAAAGGAAACUACCUGGAGUUGCUGCCUGCCGAACUGGAGGAAUGUAACUCUUUGAAACGGAGCUGCUUAAUUGUAGAAGAACACUUGCUAAAAACUCUCCCCCUUAGGGUAACAGAGCAUAUGCAAAUGUGCUUGGACAAAGUCUGAGCUUGAGAUUCUCUGUGCAGAGCAACAAAUUCCUCUUGAGAGUUUUAAAUAAUAGCUCUAAAGGAAAGUAUAGCUGGCAAGAAGGGAAAUGCAAGGGUGUUGUUGAUUUUCCUGCAGCUCUGUGCAUUGACCCAAGUUUCUGCUGAUAAAAAACCCCCACACACAUUUAAGUCUUAAACAAACAAAAAUAAAUAUUAGGCAAGUAUAUGCAUACAUAUAUACCAUGAAUAAUUUGAAACUGGAAUUAAAGAGUGAAAGUUAA